AUGUUGAAAUACGUGGUACUCAGUUGCAUGAUGCUUUUCACAACGUUCGCGGAACCACCUGUCCAAGGUGUGAAACCGUCAAAUGUGUUAGGCACUUCUGACCAACAUGCAUCCUUCAGUUUUGUCAGACCAGGUUUGACACAAACUGCCUUCGCAUUCAACGGUCCCAGCUCUCAUCAGUCGUUUAGUGCCAGUAUUGGGAAUCCUUACUUGGCGCAAAAAGUGUUUCCCAAUGUUGCCAAUGCACUUGCUUACAGAAAUCCUGGCUUAGGAGUGUUUCCAGUUGGUCCAAUCACAAAUGGUUAUGCAUCUGCACCAGUUGCGCCUGCAUACGUAUCUCCUGCACCUGCACCAUUGCCCUACCAAAGUCCUGUAGAUCCUACCACAGCAUUGGCUUAUUAUCAACAGUUACAGCAAGUUCAGCAAGUGCAGCAACCUCAGUAUCAAGGUUACUCUGCAGCAGCCCUUUAUCAGGCACAAUUAGCCCAACUUCUUGCUCUAAGGCAAGCUCAAGCCCAAUCCCAGGCACAGGUGCACGCCACGCAACCUCAACAAGUCCCUGAACAAGUUCAAUUACAACAAGAGGAACAGCAACAGGAACAAGGACAGCCUGAAAAUUUGUUAGGCAUAGCUUAUUCAUCUGCACCUUCUGUGGCGCGUGUUAAAGUCACUGGAAACGGCUAUAAAUUUGACUUCUAA